AUGCAUAGUAUUUUAAACACAAGUCAUCUGACAUUUACAGGCAAUUUUGAUACACAGGCUAAAGCAAUAUUGGCCUACAUACGGAUGACUCAACAAGAAAUAGAAAAGUUACAAUUACUGUUUAAUGAUUUGCAAGACAUAUUUGGAAAUACUUGGAAAGGUUCUACUUUGGAAGUUUUUGGGUCUAUUGUGACAGGUCUUGCCCUUCGAAGCAGUGAUGUAGACUGUUUAGUUAAUCUACCACCCUGGCUUGAUAUGCCAAGAGCCUCUUUUGUGAUUGAAGCACGCAAGAUUCUUCGUAGGAAUAACAGGUUCCAAAAGAUAUUCGCUAUAACCAAGGCUAAAGUUCCAAUUGUACAAUUUGAGUAUGCACCGACAAGGACACGUUGUGAUGUUAGUUUCUCUACCCGUGCAGCUGUGGUUAACUCUAAACUUUUAGAAUACCUUAUAUUUUGUGAUGAACGGAUUUUACCUUUUGCAAUUCUGGUUAAAUAUUGGUCUAAAAUUCAACAUUUCACAGGCACAAAUCUGAUGUCAAGCUACAGCUUGAUACUGCUUGUUUUAUUCUAUUUGCAACAGAAACAUAUUUUACCCCCCAUAAUGGCGAUCCAGCACAAUAUUCAAGAACAUAUAGUGGACAAUUGGAACACAGCAUUUGAAAAGACCAUCACUAAAUCAAACAACAAUGAGAGUUUAUAUACAUUGUUUGGUGGAUUCUUUAAAUAUUAUGAAGGGUUGAAUUUCAAAAAGCAUGUGAUAUCAUUAUACACUGGUGAAUUAAUAGAUAGGGAAAAGUUUAGUACGCUAGAAAGUAUACCAGAAGAAUUCUAUUUGUAUAAAAAAAACGUUAGUAAAAAUAUUAGUCAACCUUUACGUUUAGAUACUACAAUGUGUAUACAGGAUCCAUUUAAUCAUGGUCGAAAUUGUGCUGUUGGCAUCUAUUUCAAAUUAGCACAAAAAAUUAUUGGCCUCUUUGACAGAGCCUCUGUUAUCUAUGAAACAGAACCAGAGUCUAGUUUUUUACGGACUCUGCUUUACUGUGAGGAAAUACCUCGGCAAAACAUACCGCAAAGGGCAAAUUUAACUUGGAACAAAUCUGCUAAAAAUCAUGGCAUUCAAAAGAAUCACAAACACCAGUUGCAGAAUAGGCAAUUUAAACAAAGGUGUAAACAGUUAAACCAAAAUACAAACAAAUACCAUAGAAAUCAAUGGACUUAG